AUGCACAUCACCCGGAAUUGGAGCCUACGACUGGCCCUCAAGGGCGGCCUGGCUAUCAUUGCGCUCAGAGUCAUUAUAGCCUACUUAAGCACCGACGCUCUGUCCUUGAUUUCCCAGGCUGCCAACAUAAGCACGAUUCGACACGCUCGUCCGGUGCAUGCGCCUUCCCAUCUUCCGCGCACGGCCAAUAGGACCCUCGGGUUUGAAAGAGUCAUCGCCAUUUCUCUGCCCGAGAGGUCGGAUAAGCGCGAUGCGCUGGACCUGAUGGCUUCCCUGACCGAAUUCGACAUUGACUGGGAAGACGGCGUCAAGGCGUCGUCGAUUGCAGAGAAGGCAGUCCCAUACGGCAUCAGUCUUGAUCGCGCAAAAGAAAACUUCCUGGGUAGUUGGAGGGGCCACAUGAAUAUUAUACGCCGGAUCGUCGAAACCGGGAUAUCUUCUGCCUUGAUCCUAGAGGAUGAUGUAGACUGGGACGUUCAUCUCAAGUCGCAGCUCUCCAAUAUCGCCCAAGGUACUCGCCACGUCUUGGGCGAGUCCGCGUCCUCAUUCCCUCCCGACUCACCCUACGGCGAUGGCUGGGACGUCCUUUGGCUCGGCCACUGUGGCGAGUACGCCAUCCAGGACGACGAGACUAUGCCGUCGUACAGCAGAGUUACGCAGUGGGUGGAUUGGGGAGCCUUCCCGCCGCACACACGACUUGUUCACCUGUCCGGACUACCAGUCUGCUCCUUCGCCUAUGCCGUCUCGCAGAAGGCAGCCAAAAAGAUCCUCUACGCGCUGAGCAUCGACGGUCUACAUACCGAGUUCGACAACGCGCUCGCGGCCUUGUGUCGCGAUGGGCGAUCGGAUGCCUCGUACCAUCUCAAGUGUCUCAGUGUCAACCCAACCAUCAUAUUCCACCAUAAGCCAAAGGGCCGCCUGACUGGAGACAGCGAUAUCAACAGCCAAGGAGAGGACGGCGGCGAGAGGCAGGAAGGGUUCACAGAGUCGAUCAAAUGGAGCAUGAGACUGAAUUUGAAGAACAUCUUGCUAGGCAGGCCUCUGGAACAACAGUUUGACGAUUGA